AUGCUGCCCUCGCGCGAUCCGCCGCCCCCGGUACCCCCUCCGCCCGUCAUCCGCCACGAACGCACGACUUCCGCCCCCUCUCCGCCCACAUCUUCCGACGGCCACGCGCUCGUUGAGUCUCCCACCGGCCUCCACCACGAGCUCCCUUCCAUCAAGCAAACCCUUCCCCCAAGCUCGACCACCCCCUCUUUCGGUCCCACCCUCCUCGUCCCAGACAAGUCGGACACCGUCUCUCGUAAUCCUUGGCGCCGACCCACUUCCCCUGCGGACGGCACCCCUCGCUCGUCGACGUUCUCGAGCAAGCCCCCUGGGCUCGGCAAAACCCCUCCCCGCAAGAACACCGCCAGCGGCGGCCUCGCCUCCGCCCUCGCUGCUUCUGGGCUCGCGAUGGCGAACCCGGCCAUGAUGUUCCCGCCCACACUCGCCCCCGCGGAAACGACGUCGAGCCACGGACGCACGUUUUCGACCGCAAGCCUCGCUCCCGCUCCCGCGGGCCACCGCGACUCGUACCGCUCCCUGAGCGACAGCGGGAGCUCGGACGACAGCGACGACCUGCUCCUCGAUCCCGAAGACAUUCCCGUGACUGGCUUUGCGGUGGCGAGCAACAAGCGCAACCAGGACUUCCAUGAGCUUUUCCCGACCGUGCCCGAGGGCGACUACCUCAUUGAAGACUACGGCUGUGCGCUUCAGCGUGAAAUUCUCAUCCAAGGCAGGCUGUAUAUAUCAGAGAACCAUGUCUGCUUCCACGCGAACAUAUUCGGAUGGAUCACGGACUUGUCAAUCCCGAUGUACGAGGUCAUAUCGCUCGAGAAGCGGAUGACUGCGUUCGUGAUCCCGAACGCCGUCCAGCUCUCGACCCGGACGGCCAAGUACACGUUCACCUCGUUCCUCGCCCGCGACACCACCUUCGACGUCCUCUACAACGUCUGGCGGCUCGCUCGCCCCGAAGACUCCACUCUCGGUUCGCUGGCACCGAGUCCGGGCGGUUCUGUCGAGAACGUGAGCAGCGAAGGCGCGAUGGUGGCUACAAACGGCGUCGUGGCGAAGAAGGUGGUGCACAAGGUCUCGCAGUGCGACUGUGGCAAGGCGGGGCAGCACUACCCGGAGGUCGCGAUGGAGGCCGUCUUCCCGGGCACACCAGAGAAGAUCUACAACCUGAUGUUCACGAGCGGGUUCAUGAAGGACUUUAUGCGGGAGGACCAGAAGUUGAUCGAUAUCCAGAUCUCGGACUGGACGCCGAUGGAGGAUGCAAAGCUCCUGGCGCGGAACAUGACAUACAUCAAGCCGCUAAACGGGAGCAUCGGCCCGAGGCAGACCAAGUGCGAGCUCCGAGACGAAAUGGUCCACUGCGACUUUGAAAACUACGUGAGCAUGGUCACGACCACGCGUACACCCGAGGUACCCAGCGGCGGCGUGUUCUCGGUGAAGACGAGGACGUGCAUCACGUGGGCGAGCCCGAUCGCGAGCAAGGUGCUCGUGACGUCGCAGGUGGAGUGGACCGGACGGAGUUUCAUCAAGGGGAUCAUCGAGAAGUCGUGCAUGGACGGCCAGAGGUCGUACCACGUGGACCUGGAGAAGAAGAUGCGUGGAUACAUCCACGACCACCGGCCGGAAUUCGUCCCCGACGGCGUCGACGCGGAGGUCGUGCAAGAGACCGUGGCCGCCAUUGCGGAGGCGCCAGGGACGCCGAUGACGCCCACGCGGGCGCAGAGCGCGGACGAGGUGCGGAAGGAGCGCGAGCACGAGCGCGGGCAGCGGUCGCUGCAGUGGGCGUACGACACCUUCGAGGGCGCGUUCAACGUCGGGAAGCGGUCGGCGGAGGGCGCGCUGGAGCUGAUCGGGGACGCGUGGGACCAGUCGUCGUCGACGACGAUCCUGUACGUCGUCAUCGCGCUCCUCGUCGUCUCGAACGCGUACACGCUCCUCGUCAUGGGCGGGCGCGAGGAGGUCGGGCGGCGGAAGGAGAUGCACAAGAUGGAGGAGCGCGAGAAGUGGGUGCAGGGCAUCGUCACCGCGCUGUGGGACGAGAUGAACGCGGCGCGGGCGAACGGCGUCGGCGGCCCCUCUGUGCACAUCCCCGUUCCCCCGGCCGAGGGCCUCGCGGCCUCGCCGGUGGAUGGGAGCGGGAAGUGGAGGGACGAGGUCGGGGCGAUCACGGCGCAGCUGGACAUCAUCGAGCAGCGGGUGCGCGGCCUGCGCGCGAACCUGCAGCAGCUCGACUGA